AUGCAAGCGGAAAAGGUCGCUGAUCAUAUCACUCAAUGGCUCAAAGAUUAUCAUCAAACUAGUCAUACAAAAGGCUUUGUUGUCGGUGUUUCCGGUGGAAUCGAUUCGGCUGUUGUAUCAACACUAUGUGCUCGCACCGGCUUGCCUGUCUUAGUUAUGGAAAUGCCUAUUCGACAGUCAGCGAAUGAAAUACGUCGAAGUCAUGCGCAUAUUAAUUGGUUGAAGUCAACAUUUCCGAAUGUACGCGCGGGUGAGGUCAAUUUAACUGAGGUCUUCGAAACAUUCCAAGCAACAGUCAAAAACAAUGAAUUGAACGAAACAAAUUCUGCUACCGACAUCGCAUUUGCCAAUAUGAGAUCUCGAUUACGAAUGGUUAACUUGUAUUACUUCGCGUCGAUCAACAACUAUCUCGUUGGUGGUACAGGGAACAAAGUGGAAGACUUCGGUGUUGGAUUUUUUACGAAAUAUGGCGAUGGAGGAGUUGAUAUUAGUCCAAUAGCUGAUUUAUUGAAGUCGGAAGUACGUGCUGUUGCUGCUGCGCUGGGUGUUUCGAAUGAAAUCAUUGCGGCACCACCUACUGAUGGUUUGUUCGGAGAUACACGAACUGAUGAAGAUCAAAUCGGAGCAAGCUAUGAUGAAUUAGAAUGGGCGAUGAAUUAUAUAGAUUCAGAUAGAGCAAAACAAGAUGCGACAGCAUUGACCGAGAGAGAAAAGAAAGUUCUGGAGAUUUACAAUCAACGACACACAGCAAAUUUGCAUAAGAUGGUUGAAAUCCCUCGUUGUAUCAUUCCAAAAGAGUUAAAAGGUCAAUAA